GUGGUCGGCCGUCCAGUCGUGCCGCGACCAUCGAGCGGUGAGUACGCUCUGUGUAUCGUUUCGCGCUCUGCGACGCCGACGAAAAGUCAGAGGGAGUGAGAGAGAGAGAGAGAGAGAGAGAGAGAAAGAGAGAGAGGGAGAGAGAUAGAGAGGACCCAAGCGCAACAGCCGCGCGCGUUCUCGCUCGACAUGUGAGCGUGUAUCCUCGUCCGCCUCGGGAAACGAGAACACGCUACGUCGAGAGCGCUAACGCGAAACACGUAAAGCAUCGGGCCACCUAUCCACCCGCACGUGUCGUCCAUCGGGAUAAAGCAGGUGACUAGCAAGGGGCAUCCACGUCAUAGACGAGAGCAAGAUCGAGCAGAGAGAGAGAGAGAGAGAGAGACGCGCGCGCCCACAAGGCGCCCGAAGGAUCUCGGCAUCAACGACCGACGGCCACUACGGGGGAAUCGAUCGUCGUAGCGUGACGAGCGAGGGCGAUGAAAAUCGGCUCGCACAGGUGCCCGGCCGCACGUAAGAUCGCACUUUCGGACACCGCGUUGUUCCUCACACCCGUCGCCAUAUUCUUUUUUUCUUAUCUCGAGCGCGUCGGCGGGAAUUUGAAAAUCCGCGGCAGAUGUCGGCUCGAUCGGCACCGUCGUCGCCGUUAAGUCCGGUGCGCUAGUCUAGCUUGUCCCGCUCGUAUCCGCUGCGGGGAAGGAGCUGCGCGUGUUCCAUCGCGCUUUGAAAAUUGCUGUCGGCCUGCCGUCGUCGCGAGAAAAGCGCCGGAUCCGGAUGAAAACAACGCUCGCGCUUUGUUUACACGACGCAGGAGCGCGCGAUGCCCGCGUCCCGCCGACCUCUAGCGCGCGCCAGUCAGAAUCGAAGGAGCCCCGCGCGCGCUCGUAAACAUUGCUAGUGAUGCGUCGCGAGUGACGAGUGUGAGUGCGAUUCCUCCACGCUGCUGCGCGGUGGUCGUCGUCGCCAUGCCGAUCCGCGGCGGCCGAUAGUGCGCGAACGUGAAAGUCGAAGUCGGUGCACUCUCGGAAAAAGUGUGCGGCGUGGUGUUGCGCUGCUGAUCCGCUCGCGCUCGCAGGAGCACGACAAUUCGUCGUAGCCCGGGGAGGAUUCAGCGACGACGAACGGUAUAGGUAACGGGCGCGUUGCCAGAGUAGAACCUAACCUCGCGCGGAGAGUGCGUGCGGCUCGCGAGUUCUCACGAGGAUUCGGGGAGACGCGCGAGGAGGAGGAGGGAGCAUCAAACGAUCGCAGGAAGAUCGAAUCUGCGAUAAUAAAGGGCGUAGCGGAUGAAAAAUAUCGUUGAAUCAGAUCGGAUAAAGUGAGUAAAGACGGACAGAGGGAGGAGCGUGGGGGAAAGGGAGAGAGAGAGAGACGGACACAGAUAGGCAGAAGGAGAAAGAGGAAGAGAAGCUCAGGGCCUUUCGCCGCUCGUGCGACCUAAGUUUCUCGGUCGUCCGAGAGUCCCACUGAUCUAAUUCACCGCGCUCUUUUGCGCGACGCGCCGCGGUGAAGGCGUCGCUCGCUCGCCCACCAGGUUGAGCCUCCGUUCGGGUUCCGUUCGCUCGGUGGUGGAGGCUGCCGCGAGGCUCGCGCCGUCGAUCCUCGCGGAGACCCUGGUGUUCUGGGAUAUAGAGAGAGAGAGUGUGUGUGUGUGUGUGUGUGUGGUGCGCGUGCGUGUGUGUGUAUACACGGUUCGCGAGUCGCGUGUGCAAUUAUCAGUGGUGUUUCGGAAGAGACGAAGGUGCAUCCGAUCGUUGGAAUAGCGGCUGAAAUUCCGAGGAGGAGGAAGCAGAGGCAGAUCCACCGUUCGGAGCGACGGGCAGCAGAGGAGGAGGAAGAGGUCGCCGAAGAUGAAGACCACGCAGCGUGCUUUGAGCUUCGACGAGACGUCGAUGGACAGCUGCAUAUUGGCUACCGUCGACGAGGGCCGCGUCGUCAGUGACUUGUCGGGCGAGUCGGUGAAGGACAGUAACGAGGUGGAAGUGACGUCACUCGAGGAAGCCAAGUCGGUCAUAGCGGCUCUCCGAGCGCGGCAACGGGCUCAGGCCCAGCAGAUGCUCGCAUGGCGGAGGACCCUGAAAUUGCAGGAGGACCUGGUGGCACGACUGACGCGCGAGAAGGCUGAGCAACUACGGACCUUGUCGUCGCAGCUUCUGCUGUUCGAGUCGAGGCUCUGCAGGAAGCAGAAGGAGAUCGAGGCCAGUCUGAGUCAGCGAGAGUCCAUUAUCCUGCGACAACAAAGGGUGAUCCGGCAGUUGCAGAACAGACUGGCCGAGAGGACCACCGGCACCAGAGACUCGCCACCCUGCGACGCCCUGGACCGAUUGGAUAGCCUGGGCGACAGCGACAGCGCUGUGGUACUCGAGGAGGCCGCCGAUGAUCCAGCCCCACCGAGGUUUCGGUCCAACAUCACCGACGUAACUGUGAUCCGUUCCGUGUCGGACGCGGUGGAGCCGUCGAACAAGUAUUCGUCGAUGAGACGGUGCAACGGUUUCCUCAGAAGACCGGAGAUCCUGGAGACCGUGUAUUCCGUGGAGGAGGACGGCGACAGCGAGAACAAUCAGGAUCCAUCCGAAUCGACGGAGAACUCGGAGUACGAAGACAGGAGGGCGAAGAAUUUGGGCAACGGCAAGGGCAGGCUUCAAGAUCUCUACGGCAGUUUCGAGAGGCUCGCUCAGGAGACGGAUUCUCCGCCCAGCGAGCGGCCGAGAGACGAGAGCCAGCAGGCGCAGGUGACGUACAAUAGGGUAAUGAGUAACCACAGAUCCGUGACGAAGCCAAAAGACGUGAAGUACAAGAGGAUAAACAAGGCGAAGUCAAAGAGUCUCGAGGAACUCCGGGGGCGUCUCAGAAAUUGGGUCGAGAAAGGGAAUAAGAUAGCUAUAUCGCUGGAUCAGUCAUAUGCCUGAGCUUACACUUCUUGAAAGUAUAUAAAUUAUUGUCUCACGAUGAAGCGGAAUGAAAACGACUGUUUCUCACGUGUACCGUUUGAAACAGAAAUUUCGAUUCUAUUCGCGAGAUUCGCGAUCGAACGGUGGACCUUUACCUUUAGCGAAGUCGCUGUAUGACGUAUUUAAUUGAAAUAUCAUUGCUCCAUGUGAUAUUUACUGUAGUGUCUCUCCACGUUAAUUGCGCACUUAGGUCAAAGACGAGCGAUUCAAGACUUGUGAUAUGAUUUUACUGUAUACAAAGGGUGUAGUUAGGAAGAAUUUAAUAUCGGAACAAAAAAGAGAGAAAAAAGAAAUAUAUAUAUAUAUA